UUCGCUUUCCUUUUCGAGUUUCGUUUCCUCCGCCCGCAGAAGCGCAGCGCUGGCAGCUUUUGUUUUCCGGAGACUCUCCGCCCUGCCGGGCAGUGUCUCAAGUCGGGAGGACCGUAUAAAAGGAGGCGGUCGGAACCGGCGAAGUCAGAGGCGGUUUUCCUAUUAUUUGCGGCUGCGGACUGAGCGAGAGCUCGAGAACACGGACGGCUGAAGAUGGCGCUGACCCUGAGCGUGAAGCUGCUGACGGGCGAGGUCCACUCCGUGGUUUGCUCCCCCAACCAAACCGUCUGGGAUUUCAAAACCCAACUGGGUCGCCAGGCCGGGGUGUCCCCCUAUCAGCAGAAGCUGGCUUCCUCCACCGGCGGCCACCUGGACCUGCAGGACGGCGCCCCGCUCGCCACCUACGGGCUGCGCACCGGCGACACUCUCCUGCUGAUGGUGAAGAACGAGGAGUCCAUCCCGGUUCUGCUGAAGAACGCCAACAACCGAACCACCACUUACCACGUCCUGCCUUCCGACACGGUGGGGCGGUUCCGAGCCCAGAUCCGCGCGCAGGAGCGAAUCCAAGACGACCAGUACUGGCUGACUUACGGGAGCCAGACCUUGGAGGAUGGGCGCACAUUCUCCCAUUACAACAUUUGCCCCGGGGGCACCCUGACCCUGAAUCUACGCCUGAGGGGGGGGGGAAGAGGGUCUCCCCCGUAAACCACCUGGGAUGAAUUAGUUUAUCUCCCCCCCCACCCCCGUCCCAAUUUCUGUUUUGUGAGCUUCCCUUGCAAUCCUGUACCUUGAAUCACGAUUUUUCUCCCAUCCUUGUUGUUAGAAGAGAAGGGGGUUGUCUUAUGUAACUCACCUGUAACUCUGAGUUUACCUGGACAGGGCUGUG